AUGGGGCGACACAAGGGGGCGUCGUCAGCGGCAAGUGAAGAUGAUCACUCGAACAACGAGAUGUCCCAGGUGACGCUCCACCCCACGGGCCCUCCAGUAGCACCACCACCUCCGCGUGAGAUUAAGGUUGGACCAACGCUUGUCCUCGGACUCACUCUCUUCGUGGCUGUGCUGCUGGCCGUCUCGGUGGGGGCGCCGUGGUUGCGAGUCGAUCAAUAUGCUGUAGGGCCCAACGGGGAGGAUGUGAUGGAGAUGUUUGGCCUUUGGAGGUCUGUGCGUAAAGAGGGCGACGUUACAAUAACAACAACGACAAGUGACAUUGAAUGCGCAGCGAGGCAACGACGGGUGCGGGCAUUGGAGGCGUUGUCGAUUCUCUCGUUGGUUGUUGCGUUGAUCACUGUCGUUGUGGCUAUUGCAAACUACCGGGCUGAUAAUAAAAAACCUCGUGUUCGUUUAGCUGCCAUUUGCUGUGUUGCUGCAAUCUUCAUCUGCAUAACGGCGGAGUGCGCCGUUGGAAUUAAUGUGUACACAUGGACCUUUGCAGGAUGCAGCACUGAAGCAAGCUAUCACUCCCGCCUUUUUGAGCCCUACGUUGGAUUUGCCUUCACUCUUACGGCGUGGGCGCUCAGCUCCCUGGCAGGUAUUCUUGUCUACAAUAAUCCUGUCGUUCAGGCAGACGCCCGCUCUAUUGAUGGGGGAGCCACUGUGUUUACCGCAUUCUCUUUUAUUGCAUUAUUGUUCGUUGUGGUGGCUUGCCCGAUUCCCCAAUGGUUCUACAAGGAUGGCAUAAAUAUGACAGUAACAGAUGUCUUCUUGUGGAAGGAACGCUACGGCAUUCUUUGGAAUACCACCGCCCCAACCACGUCUACCGCAGUGUGGGACCUUGGUUGCGAUUCAGUGGCACGGUACUUCCACGCAACAGAGGCGCUUAGCAUUAUUUCUAUAUUUCUAGGUGCUUGUGCAGUUGUUACAGGUUUUCUCUUGUGUAAAGGACUUGCCGGGGCCACAAAUGUAGCGUUGGCGUUCGGCUAUAUGACGGUAAUCGCGACACUUGUCGAAUGGACUCUGGCGCUACGUAUAUAUUACGGCAGUUGGUGUGGCAAUGCCAUCGCCUACCAGACGAAAAAGUAUGUUUUGUCAGCUGGCUUUGCAUUAAGCGUAGCAGGUUUUGUGAUUAUGGCCCUCGGGACAGGGGUUUUGACGGUUGCUGAGGUCAUUCGGCGACGAUAUUUUCCGUCAACUGCACCUAAGAAGACGUUUACUGAGAUUGUUGUUGAAAUGAGUAUGUAG